AUGUGGAAAACAAUUACUUUAUUCUCCCUAUUUAUUGUAAUCAAUGGAUAAUGCAGCUGCAGCAAAUUCACAAACGAGACUAACUGCUAUGCUUAUGGUUAUUGUCUAUUUCAAAAUGGGGCUUGUAAAGAAGCUGAAUGUGAAGCCAUUCCAUAUGAAGGAAAGUGUAAAUCACCUCGAUGUUUAUGGAAGGAUGACAAGUGCAGCACAUUCAAAGCAGACGAAUAAACUUGCUCUGCAUUGUUACCUUAACUAUGCACUAAAUAUGAAGGUUGCCAUUAUGAUUACUCAAAUCUAAAAUGUGUUGUUACUAAUGAUUGCUCUUCCCUUCACAUUGAUCAAUGCAAUGGAAAGCUACUAAAUGGUAAUUUUUGUGUAGGAGAUCCAUUCGAGAACAAAUGCCAAGAAAUGACUGAUUGCAAAUCUCUAACUACUGAAUUUAUGUGUUUAAGUCAAUCACCUCAUUGCAAAUAUGAAAAUUCUGUCUGCUCCCCAUAAGUAUGCACAGAAAUUAAGGACGAAUUUUCUUGCUCUUUUCUUGAUGAAUGCUAAUGGAAUAAUGAAAGAUGUUAAUAUAAAAAUUGCUAAAGCAUUAAAUUUGGAUAUUUAUGCAAUGGCGAUACUUGUGGAUUUGAUUAAAAUGAAUGCUUUACCUGCGUCGAAUAAUACGGUUAUCAAUUGUUUGUGGGUUUGAUAUCAUUGUUAUUUAUAUUAUGA